GUUUAUUCUUGUUUUUCAUUGGAUUCAUGCUAUUUGCAUCUGUGAGUUCGAUAUUUAUUUUCAAAUUGACCUGAGAUCUUGCUGUUCAAAUAUUUGUCCGUGAUUUUUUAUGCAAUAGUUAAAUAAAAUGAAAAGAUAUUUACUCAAAUUGGACUCCGUGGAGGAGGUAAAUGCGAAAAAAGUUGCUGAAGUUGUUGCCAAUGUGUCUUCUGUUUCUGGUACAAAGUCAAAUGAGCCUGCUGUUCCUGCAAAUUUGGUGGAAGAAUCACCUGAAUCCCCUGCCGAAAAAACCGACGACGUUGAGUUAUCUGAUGCUGAUGAAGUUAAUACACCUACCACAUCUUCAAAAAAGAGCAAAAAUCGCACCCAAAUGUUUCGUCAAGGAUGGUUGGGUGAUUUUGCUUUUCUUAAGGAAAUUGACAAAAAGCCAUUUUGUUCGUAUUGUAAUAUGAAACUUACAAACAACAAAGCGCAUAUAGAAAGACAUGAAAAAUCAAAAAACCACCAACAAAUGUUCAAAUCGCUUAAACAACAACCAAAAAUAAAUAUAGUAAAUUUAGAACCAACUAAAAAAAAUGAAAAGGUUAAAACAUCAGAACUUAAAAUAAUAAUGUUCAUUUUGCAAUACAACCUAGCUAUGUCCUUAAUUGAACCUUUAAUUGCAUUAAUAAAAAGUAUUGAUGGUGAAACCAUUAAAGAUAUACAACUUGGAAGAACAAAACUCAAAGAAACAAUAACGUCAAGUUUGUUGAAAGAGGCAAAUCGUGAUAUAGUGGAUGUAUUAAAAAAACAAAAAUUUUCUGUGAUAAUUGAUGAGACAACGGAUGUCAGUUCCUCAAAGUGCUUAUGUGUCGUGGUAAGGUAUUUUGAUUUCAGUUAUGGUAAAGUUAGAGAUCGAUUUCUUUCUUUGAUUGAACUAUUUGAGUUUGAUGCUAAAUCUAUUUUUAACGUAAUAUUUAAGUGCUUCAAUGAUCUUUCAAUACCGUUUAAAAAUUGUGUUGGUUUUGCCUCGGACAAUGCUGCUGUGAUGGUUGGCAAGAAAAGUGGAGUUCGAUCUCUUUUUUUAAAGCAAAAUCCAAAUAUGUUUACUUUGGGUUGUAUGUGCCAUUCAAUACAUCUCUGUUCAUCAGCCGCAGCUAAAAAAAUUCCACAGAAUAUCGAGGUUCUCUUAAGAAACAUCUAUGUUUACUUUUCGCAUAGCACAAAGAAACAAAUCGAGUUUAAGGAGUUUCAAGAAUAUUUCAACGUCGAAAAACAUAAGAUUUUAAAAACGUCUUUUACUAGGUGGCUAGCUCUUGAACAGGUUGUGGCCAGAACACUAGAACAGUGGCCUGCAAUUUUGCAUUAUUUUUUGGAGAAUUCUUUUGAAUCUUCUGACAGUAACCUAGAUCUUGUUCACAAAAUUCAAGAAGAGCUAAAUGAUACAACAAAAUUGUAUUUAUUAUUUCUAGCUUAUGUUCUUCAGUUAACUAAACAACUUAACUUAGAAUUUCAAUCUCAGUCCGUCCGAAUUCACAAAUUUUUGCCAUACAUAAAAACUUUCUACAAAACUAUUUUACAAAAUUUUGUUAAAUCUGAGUUUUUACGUGACGAGUUUCUAUCUGAUCCGAAUUUUAAUGACGACUGUUUAAAAGAUAUUGACCUUGUAUAUGUUGGGGCUAAGGCUGAACUUUUUAUUAAAACAAAAAAACUUGAAAUAAAUCAAGUAAAGGAAUUUAAAGGAGUUUGCCGAGAAUAUUAUAAAACGUUGUGUUCCCAAAUUUCACAACGAAUUGAUUUCGAUAAUGAAAUUUUGAAAUCUAUUCAAGGUAUUGACCCUUUAAAUUUAGCAGAAAGCUCAACUGCAAUAAUUUCUUGCAUUCCUGAUUUAAUUGAUAAAAAUGAAAUCGAAAACCUUGAUAUGGAGUGGCGAACUCUACUUAAUCAAACAAUGAUUUCUAAUUCUUUAGAAAUAGAAGAAUUUUGGUCAAAAAUAUUUUUCUUAAAAAAUGCACUCAACGAAACACUUUUUCCUCUUACAAAGCAUUUUGUAAGUUCUUUGUUAAGUCUUCCGCACAGCAGCGCAGCAGCAGAAAGAGUUUUUUCCCAACUCUUUCUUAUAAAAGAUAAAAAACGGAAUAGAUUGGAAGUAAAUACUUUGAAUGCAAUUAUGAGUUGCAAGGAGUUAUUGAAUGGAGUAGAUUGUAGUAAAUGGAAUCCUUCUAAAUCACUCCUGAAGUCGUAUAAAAAAUAAUAUAAAUCAAAAUACCUUGCUUUUUUUGCAAAGCCAGUCCUAUUUAAUAGAAUAUAAGAUUGCAAUAACAAAUAUUUAAAAAAUAAUAUAAUAUUACU